AUGGUUUCAAAAGCAGUUAUAGUGUUGUUGAUAGGUCUAUUGGGAAUGGUUUAUCAAGGUACUCAACUUCCUCCACCAAACAGUGAUGAUUCAGUUAAUGGUGAUGAGAAUUGUGAUGUGGUUUCAUCUAGGAUUAAGCUUAGUGAUGGCAGGUAUCUUGCUUAUAGAGAAAUGGGUGUUGCAAAGGAUAAAGCUAAGCAUAGUGUUGUUAUUGUUCAUGGAUUUGGAAGCUCUAAAGAUAUGAAUUUUCCAGCAUCCCAGGAAGUAAUAGAUGAACUAGGAGUAUAUAUUCUGCAUUAUGAUCGAGCUGGUUAUGGACAGAGCGAUCCAAAUCCGAAACGAUCACUGAAAAGUGAAGCACUUGACAUUGAAGAACUAGCUGAUCAGUUACAAAUAGGAUCAAAGUUUUAUGUGAUUGGAGUUUCAAUGGGAUCACAUGCUACCUGGAGUUGUCUCAACUAUAUCCCUAACAGGCUAGCUGGUGUGGCAAUGAUAGCACCAAUCAUCAACUAUGAAUGGCCUUCCCUUCCAAAGAGUCUCGUAAAGGAUGAUUAUAGAAAGAAACUUGUCAAGAUAGCUAUGUGGCUUGCAAGGUAUUCGCCUCGACUAUUACACUGGUGGGUGACUCAAACGUGGCUCCCUUCGAAUUCUGUCAUAGAGAAAAACCCCGCAUUCUUCAACAAAAGAGAUUUAGAAAUUUUAGAGAUAAUUCCCGGGUUUCCGAUGCUUACCAAGGAUAUGCUGAGGCACCAAGUUGUUUUUGACACUCUAAGGGGCGAUUGGAUGAUUGCCUUUGGAAAGUGGGAAUUUGAUCCAAUGAAGCUUAGUAAUCCAUUUCCCGACAAAAACAGAAGUCCAGUUCACAUUUGGCAAGGCUAUGAAGAUAAAGUAGUUCCCUCUCAAAUUCAAAGAUUCAUUUCAGAAAAGCUACCAUGGAUACAAUAUCAUGAAGUUAUAGAUGGUGGCCAUUUGAUUGUACAUUAUAGUGGCUUAGGUGAGGCAAUUUUGAAAGCACUUUUACUUGGAGAAGAAGAUACUUCAUAUAAACCUAGAUCAUCAAUAUCUGUAUCUUGA